GUGUAGUCCAGGUCAGUCAAGACACAGCACAGUGCCAUGGUUAACUCUCAGCAUUGCUAUGUCCUUGGUUACCAUCAUAGAGACUACCAACUCCAACUGGAAAAUAACUGAUGCACUCUACAGCUGUCUAAGUCUGAAGCAACAUUGAAGUGAGUAGGCUAACCACCAACUUACAUCGAUGACUGAUACAACGCAUGGGGUGUUUCAACCCCAAUUGUUUUGCUGAAUUAUCUCUAGCAUAUUAUGUUCAACCAGAGCCGUCACCAAAAGGGCAGCUGUUGGUCACCGUCGUCAGAAACCGAAAACCAGCCUAUUUACACCAAGUGGACCAUUUUGACUGGGCCCCAACCAAGAACAUGGGCUACACCAGAGCACCUCAGAACCAGGACACGUUAGCACGCUACAAUAGGUUGAAGCAGCAGAAGAGGAAAGCAGAUGAUGUUGCAGCUGCAUCAGCACUGCUUGAGCUGCAGCAGACAGGCAGAAGAAACACUCAGGGAUUGGAAGAACCUCCGUUGACACGAUAGGGGAACAGCGACUCAGACCAGCUUGUCAUCAAAUGACAUUACUACCUCAGAGGAGAGAAUUGACCAGCUUGAAAGAGAUAAUAUGGCACUUUGAUCAAAAUUGUCCGACAUUAAGGAGCAACUAAAAUCCUUAAGCCUUGAUGAGAAUGACUUCAAUGGGGACAAUUCUAAACUCAAGUUCUACACAGGACUCCCUUGUUGGGGAUUGUUUCUUGCCCUGUUUAAUCUUAUUGCCUCUCCUCUGCCCAGCAGUGGCAAGCCUUCUCAAUUCAGUAGAGUGUUACUUUUCCUAAUGAAGAUGCGAUUAAAUUUGUUUAAUGAAGAUUUGGGUCACAGGUUUGGAGUCAGCCAAUCGACUGUUUCACGGAACUUCCACAGAAUCCUUGACAUAAUGGCUGUUAAGUUGGAUAGCAUAAUUCACUGGCCAGGAAGAGAAUCCUUGAGGUUAAGCAUGCUAUGCUGCUUUCGAAGAUUAUUCAAAAAAUGUGCUGUGAUAAUAGAUUGUACUGAGAUUUUCAUUGAGCAGCCAUCUGACUUGCUAGCAAGGGCACAGGUUUGGAGUAACUAUAAACACCACUCUACUGUAAAAUUCCUUAUAGGUAUAACUCCACAGGGCUCGAUAUGUUUUGUAAGUAAGUGUUGGGGGGACGAGCUAGUGACACAGAAAUCACACAAAACAGUGGACUUAUAAACAAAUUAAUCCCAGGUGACUUGGUUAUUGCUGAUAGGGGCUUUUUUGUCGGUGAAUAUUGUGGCAUGGCAAUGGCCGAAGUCAAAAGUCCUCCAUUCACCAGAGGUAAAAAAAGUUAGAGAAGGUAGAGGUAGAUUGGAGUCGGGAGCUGUCAUGUGUGAGGAUACAUGUGGAACGUGUAAUAGGAAUGGUUAAGCAGAAGUAUACCAUCCUUCAAAACCAUUUACCAAUAACACUAGUUAGUAAUGGAGCAUUUAUGGAAGCUACUGGGGACAAAAUGGUGAAAGUUGUUUGUGCCCUUGUUAAUCUCUGCCCAGGGGUAGUUCCAACUGAAUAACUUUCAGAAAUAUAUUCUCAAACUUUGAUUGUCAUUGAAUUCCUGAUUAGAACAGUGUAUGUUAAGGUAGUUUUUCUAAUAAUCAUGCUUGUUAAUUCUAAGAAGCGAUUAAUUUCUGUGCAGCACUAAGAUUUGACAGCCGAUACAAGUUGUUGCCCUAUGAUUGCAUAAGAUUGCAAUUAAUUGGAUGUUUGAAAUCUCAAAAAAGUGGUUCUGCGCCCAGAACUUGCCACGAUCUGCAACUAAGUUAUUUUAAAAUGUAAAAACUCAACAACCAAGAAUAGUGGCUGAAAUAUCAAGAUCAUUUAUUUCACCUUCCUGAACUGGCAUCAUCAUUUAUAUAGGUCUUUAAAUUCAAAUGAUGUAUGUUUUGAAGGCUUAUUAUUACAUUAAAUUAUUUGUAUAACAUUAA